GCGCCCAGGCGGCUGCGCGCCCCGCCGAGCGGUUCUCGGCCGGCUCGCCCUGGCUCCCCACCUCACCUACCGGAGCUCCCUAGGGCUCCGACCCGCCUGACUCAUCUGGGAUGGGUGGCGGGGGGUGGGGGAGGCUCGGGAGGGCGGAGGAACGGGAGGAGGCGGGGAGGAGGCGUCGCCAGGGCGCAGGUGAAACCGACUCCGACCUAUCCCGGGAACUUUCGCCGCCAGGUCUCGCUGCCAGAGGCCCGCGCGGCGCUCUGCCACCAGGUUGCGAGCGGGGUCUUAGCCCUGGGGGUCGCCUCCCGGGGGACCCCCGGCCCUGCUGGCGCUCACAGGGGCUGCGGGCCGCGCCGGGCUCCGUGGCUGAUGGAGGCGGGUGGUGCCGCCCCGGGCGCAGGUGACACUCGCUGGGCCGUGGUUGCGGCUGCCGGCGCAGAGCGCCGGAGGGGCCAGCCGCGGGCACAGCGCGGGCAGGGGCCAGCAAGCCAGCGAUGGCCCGCGAGCUGAGCCAGGAGGCACUGCUGGACUUCCUGUGCCAGGCUGGGGGCCGAGUGACCAACGCCGCCUUGCUGAGCCACUUCAAGAGCUUCCUCCGAGACCCCGACGCGCCUCCGAGCCAGCGCCAGCACCGCCGCGAGCUCUUCAAGGGCUUCGUCAACUCGGUCGCCGCAGUGCGCCAGGACCCCGACGGCACCAAGUUCGUGGUACUCAAGAGGAGGUACCGAGACCUUCUGGGGGAGGAGGGGCUCCAGCGACCCCGCGAGCCGCCCGCGGCCGCCGCCCCUGCAGGGGGAGCUGCGCCCCGGGGGCAGCCGCAGCCCCAGCGGCAGCGGCGGCGCGAGAAGGAGCCGGAGGCGGAGCCAGCAGGUGCCGCAGUCCCAGCGGCGGACGCAGGUUGCAAUGGCCUCUCGGCCGGGGAGGGCGGCGGGCCGCGGGACAGCCCUAGCUCUGGGGCGCCGGUGCCCGCCGCGGCUGCCCAGGCCGCGGUCAGAUGCGCCGCGGCGGAGACGCAAGGCCGCUGCUGCUGGGAGUGCCUCCAGAACGGCCUGGGGACGCUCCCGGACCCCGCCGCCGGCCAGAAGCCGGUGGGGACGCCGCCUCUCCCGGGCGAGCGCGGGGCUCCGGGGCAGCGGCGAGAAAGCACCUCUGCCGAGCCCGCGCCGCGCCGCUCGCCUCCCGCCACCGUCGGGGCUUCCCCGCCAGCUCUGCUGCCCAGCGCCGACGCCCCCGGAGAGCGGCGGGAGCCGCUGAGCCCCGGCUCCCCGCACCUUUCGACCUCGCAGCUGCAGCGGCAGCGCACUCGAGAGUGGGUGGCCAGACACCCGCAGAGGGAUGCGGGCCCGGUGCGGGCCUGGUCGGUGCUGCCGGACGACUUCCUCCAGCUGCCAUCGGAGCCCAACCCCGCACCGCCGCCGCCGGAGCCCCCGCAUCGCCCGCGUUCCCUCUCGGCUGUGGUGGCCAAGGAGCGCCCUGAGUUCUGGCCCGAGAACCCUCCGCUGACUGUCUUUCGUAGUAUCCGUUGUCAGCUGUCGCUCCAAGACCUGAAUGACUUCGUGGACCAGGAAAGCCACGGCAGUGAGGAGAGCAGCAGUGGGCCCAAAGAGUCCCCGGGGGGUUCCGAAGAGGCGCUACAGGUGGCCCCGCGCACCCGGGACUGCAGCAAGCCGGGGAGUCCAGCCCAGCAUCUUGGCGCGUCUCCCAAGGUCGCCGCAGCCCUCAAGGUCGCCGGCAGCCCCCGCCGGAGCCCUCAGGGCCUCGGGGACACCGGGGCCGGUGGCUCAGCUCAGCACGUGGCUAAUGGCCUUGCACAGCACCCCCAGGGGCCGUUCCCCGGGCCAGCGCCCAAGUUGAGGAGGUCCCUUCGGAGGAGCUCCCGGGCCGGGAGGCCCAAGCUCUCGUCCUCGGAUGAGGAGUACCUGGAGGAGGAGUGUCGGAAAAGGAGCAGGCGCCCACCACGCUCCCGGAAGCCGUCCAACGCGGGAGCCGUGUCCAGCCCGAGGGUGGAUGCCGCCUUGACACUGAAUCUCACCGGCCUUCAAAGGGCUGUGGCUGAGACAGGCCGGCCCCAGGGCGCCUGGGCCCCCAAUGUGGAGAGGUCUGCGGCCUUGGUCCCUUCCAGACCCGAGCACAAGCCGUCCCUGGUGCCCCUGGACGCCAGGGAGCAUGCAUGGAUUGUGAUGCUUGCCAGUGGCUCCUGGGAGCAGGUGCUGGCUUUGUUCUGGGAGGACCCCCAGCUGGCCCUGCACAAAGACUUUCUCACGGGGUACACUGCCCUGCAUUGGAUAGCCAAGCACGGUGCCCUGCCGGCCCUUUGCGGCUUGGUCAACGCAGCACAGAAGGCAGGAGUUGCUCUUGAUGUAAACGUGAGGUCGGGCUGUGGGUACACCCCGCUGCACCUCGCCGCCAUCCACGGCCACCAGGGCGUCAUCAAGCUGCUGGUGCAGAGGUUGGCGUCCCGGGUGAACAUCCGGGACAGCAGCGGGAAGAAGCCCUGGCAGUAUCUGACCAGUAAUACCUCUGGGGAAAUCUGGCAGCUCCUGGGAGCCCCCCGGGGCAAGCCCAUUUUCCCCGUCUAUCCCUUAGUUCGAAGCUCUUCCCCUACCAGGAAGGCCAAGAGCCGGGCGGGCUCUCGGAAUGUCUCCCGCAAGACGUCUUUGGCUGCACUCCUUAAAAGUCAGCACCACAAAUGGAAGUUGGCCAACCAGUACGAUAAAUUCCCUGCUCCAAGGGAAAGAGACAGUGACUGAGGCUGGCCCCUCCUGACCCCUGCGGCCACCACGCCCUCUUCCUUGAGCUACUCAGAGCCUGGAGUGGGGGUAGUGCUGGUGACAACAGAGGUCCCCGAGCUGGCCCACCUUGCAUCUACUUCCCCGGAUUCUAGGUUAAGUUAGCACAGCCUGGACCUCAGGGGUCAUCCAGGCUGUUCCAAGUCUUUGGGCUGCUCAAACCCACACAAGGGGCAGAGAGCCAGCCAGGUGCUGGACACCGGACAGGUGGUCUUCCUGUUCCCUUGGCACCAAGGAUGUGGGCACACGAAGCCAGCUUGUCCCGUGCAGCAGCAACCUCAGGCCUUGGCUGGAGAGAGCACAGAUGUCCAACAACAAGAGAGGCGAUUCGAGGAACUGACGAAGCUCAGACAAAGCCCGCUCUGGCUAGCAGCUUCCUGGCUCCCAUUCACUUGGCUGAGACUAGAAAGCGCCAGGUUGGAAAUCAGAUGGCUUCUCCCCUCCCCCACCCCCACUUUUUUUUUUUUUUGCAUCCAAAUCAGUGAAAUAAAAUUAUUACUAGAGAGCAGAAUUUAAGUGAUUUCCUCAGCUCUGUCCCUGGACCCCCUGAUGAGGGAAGCAGCUGGGAGCGACCCACUUACGACCUGGACUCCGCUCGCUCUGGAGGGAAAUGAUGGAUAUUCGGGCCCUGUUUUUCUGCAUCAAUCCAAAGGGAACUUUCUAAAUAGAAAACCCAUGUGGCUCCUUUGCAUAAUGACUGAAGCCAUCCCUCAGGGAACUCCCCAUGAAACAAACAACAGACUUACUCUUCCUGCUUUCCAGUAGGUUGGAAUGGCCACCGUGCGUGCCUGCUGCUCCUGCCAACAGAGAACUGAUCUCACUGGGGGCAAGCUGUCAGCGUUAGGAAGAGACUGCCUCCUCGCCAGGACUUUUCCAAGCUGCUAAAUACAGUUUUAUUUGCACUAAAUUUGUUGCCAAUUAAGAUUAAAGAUUAGCCUUGAAGUACUGUAUGUCUAGCAGGAAGUGAGCGCUCCUUUUAAUUGCUUGAGAAGGGACUGGUCGUCCUGUGACCCUGGCAUGAGACCAUGUCUGUUCUACAAAUGGCAGUAAAUUCAAUUAAAUGUCCAAGUGGAAAUUGUGAAUUCUUUAUGGAACUGGUUUCAUUUACAGUGGCUAUGAUGCUAUAUUUCACUAUAUUUUUGUGUUUCUUGUUACUUUCAUCCCUUGAAAGAUCAAUGGAUCUUUAUAAUUUAUUGUACUCAGACUAAUUACUGUUAAUGUUCUUUACUGAAUUGUGUCUCAGUGAGUGUCACAUAUUUUUGUUUCUUUGCAUUUUUUGUAAUUUGCUGAAAUAAAUAUAUCUCUUCUACCGCAAAACAAAAAAUAGGCAUGAUAAAUAAAUCAAGGAUUUUUUUUUCUCCAUAAAAAAGACCUAUGUAAGAGAUGAAACUUUCGCAAAUCAUAUCAAGAAGAAAGUGAGACAUCCACAGAGGGCAGGGCAUGGUUUGGAGAGAUUAAUAUUUAAAAAAAAAAAACAAGAUGAAUAUCUAUGCAAAUGCAAGCUUCUUUUAAAAGCCAAUGAAUUGUUUUUACUUUGCUAUAUUAUUAUCUCUACAUCAAUGUAUUCAACAGAUAUGUUUGCUUAGGGCUGUGAGAUUUAUCAAGAUAAGUGGGACAUGACCUUCCCCUUUUGAAACUUAAAAUCUCACAAUAUUUAUUCUUGAUUGCUUUAUUCCCUAUUGUGUUCCCAAGGUAUCUUUUAAAGCUGCAUUAUUUUAGAUAGAAACUUGUAAAAUGAGGCACCGAGGGAUUAAACAAUGUGGUACUGGAACUGAGGACAAACAACAGCAAUGCAAGAAAAGCUGUCCAGAGUGUCCUACAUGCGAGAUCUAGUGCUCUGGCAGAUUUCAGAGCAGAGCGCCUUUUGGACUGGGGCAAUCAGGGCAGGCUUCCUGGAAGCCAGGAAUCUUUAUGUGAAUGAUACCAGCCUUCCCAAGGAACCAGCUUUGUAAGUUUGACCACAUUCUUGACUUGUGCUUCAGUGUGUGACUUCCCUCCACCAGGGCUGGCUGAACAUGAUCACAAGCUGCAGGUCUGUCCUGUGUCCUCUCUGACUGUGGUCCGUGUGCUUACCCCGUCCACACGCUGUGCUGGGCAGGGGUUAGGGUGGAAGAGGAUGUCAAGAGCAGAGCAAAACGCAGACCAGAUUUGGCCACCCUCUUGCUGAUGGUGUAAAAUCCAGGCUCACAAGUCUGCCGGGCCCAGCACACUGUCCUAGCCCCAUGGCAGCCUCCCCAUGUCACCAGCCCUAUGUGGAUGCCACACAAGACCCACUGGGGCUCAGGGCCCUACCUCUCGAUUUCUGUAUUGGAGCUGGGUUCCCUCAGCUUAGAGCACCCCUGCCCCAACCUUCUUUUUUUUCCUGUGUUCCUGGUAAACUUGCUCAUUCCUCAAGGCAGAGCUGAAAUGUCACAGCCGGUGUGAGGACAGCAGGGCAAACACACCCAAGCCAGCGAUGGACAGCUCCACCCACAGAUUUCACAGCAGGGGCCGGCGUUUGGCCCAGCCGUUAAUAUGGUGCUUGGGAUGCCCACUGUACCCCGUAUCUGGGCAGCUGAUUGGAGUGCAGGAUCCACUCCGGAUUCCACUUCCAGCUAAUGCUCACCCUGGGAGGCAACAGGCGAUGGCUCAGCCAUUUGAGUCCCUCUCACCCAGAUGGGAGGCCCUGACUCCUGGCUUUGGUGUGGCCCAACCCUGGCUGUUGUGGGUAUUUAGGGAAUCAACCAGUGGGUGAAAUAUCUCCAUCUCUAUCCCUCUCUCUCUUUCUCUGCCUUCCAAAGAAAUUGUUUAAAAAGAAUCCUCAUGGGGCCGGUGCUGUGGUGUAAUAGGUUAAGCCUCUGCCUGGGUGCUGGUUCAAGUCCCGGCUGCUCAACUUCCCAUCCAGCUCCCUGCUGAUGGCCUGGGAAAGCAGUAGAAGAUGGCCCAACUACCUGGGCCCCUGCAUCCACGUGGGAGAUCUAGAAGAACUCCUGGCUUCAGAAGGAUCAGCCCCCAGCUCCGGCCUUUGCAGCCAUCUGAGGAGUGAUCCAGCAGACGGAAGAUCUCUCUUUGUCUCUCCCUCUCUCUGUCUGUAACUCUGCCUCUCAAAUAAAUAAAUAAAUUUUUUUUAAAAAAUCCUCAUAAUACUAUGUACAUACAUGACUUAGAAUUUUUGCCACUGUGAAACAUGGUCUCCCAAAAUUUCCUGUAAAAUGUGUAUUAUGACAAAACCAUGAGGGCCAGCACAGUGGCAUAGUGGGUAAAGCCACUGCCUGCAGUGCCGGCAUCCUAUAUGGGCACUGGUUCAAAUCCCAGCUACCCUACUUCCAAUCCAGCUCUCUGCUAUGGCCUGAGAAAGCAGUGGAAGAUGGCCCAAGUCCUUGGGCCCCUGCACCCACAUGGGAGACCUGGAAGAAGCUCCUGGCUCCUGGCUUUGGAUUGGCACAGCUCCAGACAUUGUGGCCAUCUGGGGAGUGGACCAAUGGAUAGAAGACCCCCCCCCCCCCUCUCUCUGCCUUGGCCUCUCUGUAACUAUACUUUUUGAAUAAAAUAAAUAAAUCUGAAAUAAAAAAUGACAAAACCAUGCAUAGAUUUUUAAUUUUUUUCUGCAGUAAAAUAAACAUCAUU